ACUGUCAACACCACCUUGUAUUUGACAUUAGAAAAUAAUUGUCGUUGGCUUUGGCGAUCAACUAAACAAAUUUUUUAAUACAACUAGAGAAAUUAUAUGUGAAAAAUGGAACCAAUGACUUUAGGCAGUCCUAGCGGCAGUCCGGCUACUAAUCCCAGCCCAUAUUUGCCAGCUUUUCUGAUGGGUGAAAGCCAGGUUCCGACAACACCACGCAACACGCUCUCACCAAAUAAGGGUAGCAGAAACAUUUCUUUUGCAACGUCGCCAAUACAAAAUACUCCAUCAGGUCCUCUUAGAGAUCACAAUCGUUUUUCGGUCGGACAAAAACAACUUUUCAAUAGUAGUGUAAGUGCCAACUAUUCAGGCACUCAAGGUCCACCUACCCAAGGAUUAUUCGAUUCUUUGCGUAAUGAACGAAAUCUUGCAGAGACGCCAACACGUGGUAUUGAAUCACAAUCGCCUCUUGGUUUUGGUACACCAAUUGCCGCUCAACACAAUCUGAGUGCUUUCGGAGGUAAUACAAGUUUUCAACAGCACCAUCUGCAGCAAAAACAAUUUACGCCACAGUCAACAGCUCCAUACAAUGAUUCAUCGUACCUAGCCAAUACCUCAUAUAAUACAUCACGCUGCAUAACUUCGCCAAUAGGACCGCUAGGUACACCUAAUGCAAACGGGGCUAUUAAUAAUGCUUCAUAUAUGUUGCAAUGCCCGCCAACACCACGUUAUACGGAAUUUUGGGUGACCGUUUUUGGCUUCCCGCCUAGCGCGAUUUCAACGAUUCUGCAGCACUUUGCUCAAUGCGGCACUAUAGUUGAUAAAGUAUUUCCCCCUCAAAAUGGGAAUUGGGUUCACUUGAAGUAUGCCUCAAGAUUAGAAUGCGAUAAGGCUCUGAAUUAUAAUGAGAAAAUAUUGGGCAACAACAUAAUGAUUGGUGUAACACAAUGCAAGGAUAAAAAUAUCAUCGACAAAGAAAAUGUGUGCGAUAAUAAUACACAACCAAGCAAGGUACGACCAUUAGCGCAAACUGCCUACAAAAGUGCCCAAAAUGACUCUGCUGUUGUUAACAAUGCAAAUUUGCCUCAAAAAAGCUCUGGUUUGAUGAAUAAAGCAAUGGACUUGUUUUUUGGUUGGUAAAAUAGAUGCAAUAUUUUGGAUUGUGCAUUUUUAUUAAUAAUUGGUUUAACUGGUUCAAAUAAACAAUAUGUAGUAAUUUUUA